AUGUUAUAUAAAAAGAAUGUUGAUUUAUCUUUUUUUGGAACAUUAUCUAAUAAAUUCCUUUUUGAAUUUUCUAAAAUUUAAUCAUCUAUUUUAUUUAACAUUAUAAUUNCAGAUGAUAAACUUGGCCAUGAUGAAUCAUGUGAUUGGUGGAGUUUGGGAGCUUUGAUGUAUGAAAUGUUAACCGGAGCUGCACCUUUUUAUAGUCAAGAUCGAACUCUCAUGUUCAGAAAUAGAACUGAAAAACCAACAGAAAUGAAACCUUGGUUUUCUGAAGCCUGUUCGAGUCUACUCACAGGAUUAUUAAAUAAUAAUGUAAAUAUAUUCUAUAUUAUCAGCCUAAAUAAAGAAUUAAUAUAUAAUAAAUAAAAAAACAUCCAUUCUUUUCAGAUAUAGAUUGGAAUUAAGCUUAAAAUCGUUAAUUAGUACCUCCUAUUAUCCCGGAAUUAAAUGAUGAAUUAGAUCUAAGAUAUUUUAAUAAAGUAAUCACAUUAUAAUCGUAAGAUGUUUUUGGAUGAACCUCCAAUAGAUAGUCCAGUAAAUAGAAAAGAAUAAUUUGACAAUUACGAUUAUUUUACUUACGAUUCAGAAACAAUAACAGAACCUUGA